CGCGUAUAUCGUUGUUUUCAAACUCAAAAAUAUACCUACUUAAGACGGUCCCCACUUCCCCGCCACGUCUAAAAUAAACUUCGGCCAACGUCGGCCUGGCAUGAGCCUGCAAUAGCUCGAUGACUAAGGAGAGACCACGUUGUGGACCUGUGCCCAUACGACACCCACCCUAUCGUGUAGAGUCCACCGUACCUACUUUCUAACCAUGUCGACAACGGAAGAGCUCAAGCGUCUGCUGGAGCAGGCCAAAGCGCAGGCGGAGAAGGCAGAGUCGCGAAUUCAGCAUGCCGAAGCGCGAAUUCAGCAUGCCGAAGCGCGGGCGCAGAAGGCAGAGUCGCUCACCCGCAACACAACGAUCCAAGAAUAUCUACAAGCCUGCCAUGAACACGUCUUGUCUAAGAUUGUUCUUGAUACCCGUGGCUACGUCACCUCUAAAGUUCCCACCACCGAUCCCACCGGCAAGCACUGUCCGGAUCUCCUUACGCCUUGGAAGGAGUUCCGCGACACGCAAGCCGAUAUCAUCGAGAAGCUGCGUCUUAUCCUCCCCUCCGACGAGCGACUGUUCGAAAACAUCGCCUCUCUGAAGACCAUCGGCGAGAGAAUCAAUAAGCGACAUGUAAGAAACGAGCCUUCACUCGUCUUCAUCGAGAACAAUUGCGUCGAGGACCCUGUCCGCAUCAUCUUGGACCAACUCAAACGCUUCCAGCCAGGACAGCAUGGUCUUUCUGUAUAUGACGGGGUUAUCUUCGAGACGACUGCCAACAAUCUCCGCGACGAGACGGAUGGCAGAGACACGACGAAACGCGACGAGAAGCUCCGCACAGAUCAGAUCUGUGUGCUUCGAAAUACGGACGGCCAAAGUGAGAUUGCCUACGUCAUUGAAUACAAGGCGCCUCACAAGCUCCACACGUCACACCUUGACCUGGGUCUGCGUCCGAUGAGCAUUUUCGACCAAGUCGUCAACAAGCCUACCGUACCUACAGACGCGAUGCCCGAGAAUGACAGAAUGCAGCACUAUGCAGAGCUUCUCUCGACCGCGGCGGUGACGCAGACAUACCAUUAUAUGUUGGAGGCCGGACUAGAAUACGGCUACUUGGCGAAUGGCGACUCGUUCGUGUUUCUCAAGAUUGACUGGGACAACCCAAAGGAGUUGUUUUAUCAUCUGGCCUAUCCUGCAUAUGAGGUCGAAGCCAAUCACGAUCUCGUCUGGAGCAACGCUGUCUGCCAGGUACUUGCAUUUACUCUUCUCGCCCUCCAGACAACCCAGCACGACAACGAUGAGCGGAAUGCGGCGACAACAACCAGUAAGAAGUGGAGGGUUGAUUUCGAGGCCAUGGUUGACCGGAUUAUAAGGAUGGAGGAGGAAGAAGAGGCCAAGGCCCACGGGCCGAGUACGCCAACUAAUAAGAGACACCGGCGUGUGCCAAGCAGCCCUGACUGGAAACCGGGGCGGGGGAAGAAGGCUCGAACCAACCCAGAUGCCGACACCUGCCAAGGUCCAGGCCCCGUUCUUCGAUCCCACAGCAGACGCGAGGGCGGCGGCGAGGGAGGUUCCAGCGGCGGCGGCUCAAGUCAAGGCGGCGCCGGCGGUGCCUCCACGUCGUCACGGCCAGCGCCUGUCUCGGGAAGCGGCGGCUCAUCGUCUACAACAACCCCGAAAACGGGCAGCGGUGGUCGUACUCGAUCCGAGCAACAACCCCGGGCGUACUGUACCCCAUCCUGCCUCCUUUCCUUAGUGAAUGGCGGGCCGUUGGAUGACAAGUGUCCGAACGUAUCGUUCCACAAGAAGGGCGGAACGCAGGGACACCACCCCGUCUCACACGCGAGGUGGACGGAGCUCCUUCGCCAGCAGCUCUCCAAAACCUUGGUGAAGGGUGUUGUGGCUCUCAACCAGCAAGGUGGAUGCGGGGUCUUGUUUCAACUCACUCUACUGGAGUAUGGCUACACCUUCGUGGCCAAGGGCGUCACCGGGCGUCGUGUGCCUGACCUGCAGAAGGAAGAAACCGUCUACCGCAAGCUGCAGCCUCUGCAAGGCCGCUACAUCCCCGUGUGCCUGGGCUCCGUUAACCUCCGACUGCUGCAACAGACGCUGUUCUACGACAUCGACGUGCGCCUCAUUUACUUCCUCCUUUUGUCCUACGGAGGCGCAAAGCUCGCAAAGCCUGUCGACGACCCCAAGGCGCAGGCGCGCAUCGUCAACACCGUCACCGCUGCGGUUCGCGAAAUGCACAGCCUAGGCGUGGCCCAUGGAGACAUCCGAUUGCCGAACGUGCUGCAAGGUCCCGGUGAGCAGGUGACCAUUGUCGAUUUUGACCAAGCUUUGCUUUUCCCCACAGGCCGCGGUGCCAUGAGUGCGAUCUCGCAUAAUAAGCGGAGGCGGCUGAUGGAGACCGAUGAGACCCCGCUUUCCAAGUCGGCCGAGGUUUGGUUAUAUAAUGUCAAGACUGAGGACAUGUCGAAUGCGGAGUGCCUCUUUACGUUCGAUGCGGCUGCUGGGAGGAGAAUUUGACCACCGGCUAGACAAAGCUACUGCAGUCGGCGCCGGAAACAGGGAUCCAUCCAUACAAUCCACACAGCUGAUCCUACAGCAGCUAGAAGAUCGCCGACCUUGAACACCUGCCCCGGCCUCGCCUCCUUUACGUGGCAGUGACAGGUGUCCGAACCCGACAACGCCAGUGACCCUUGGUCAGAUGCAUCGUUCUGCCCGUACAAUUACACGCAUUGUAAAUGACGAGGCGGAAUUGGAUCUUGCCCCGCAGCGUAAAGUGACAAGCUUCAUGAAAGGCUCGUUGUCACUUGCGUCGGAGCUGACCCAAGUAAAGACGGGCCUCGCGUAAACUAAAUACGCAGAACUUGUUGUAUACUAACGCAGGGCUAAUAGGAACCUUCAGCUAUAGAAUGCAGGCGUCGUGAUAGUAUAGGAGGCGCGCGCAGGAUGGCUAGACAGCGCGUUGACGACGAGGUGCUAUGGCGGAACGUGUAGUGGAGGCCGCCCGU